AUGGCUACCCCUAGUGUCCUCGCCUUUGACGCUGAGGGUCGAGCCAUUGACUUUGAGGUCUGGGUCGACGACCUGCAGCUGUUCUUACAGUGCGAUAGGGCGGACGGUCUCUCUCUCUUUGACCUCACCUCUAGCGCCUCUCCUGCCCCUGCUGCUGAUGCUCACCCCACUGUUCGCUCCCAGUGGGCCACUCGCGACGCUGCUGCACGUCUUGCUGUGCGUCGCCACCUGCCUACCACUGAGCGCGCGCACUUUAGUCAGUACAAGAGUGCUCAGACCUUGUACGACGCUGUAGUUGCGCGCUACUCUUCCCCUGCCACUGCUGCACUGAGCCGCCUCAUGCUACCGUACCUCUUCCCUGACCUUGCUGCCUUUCCCACAGUCGCUGACCUCAUUAUGCAACUCCGCACUAGUGACACUCGCUACCGCGCCGCGCUUCCUGCUGAGUUCUGUGCCAAGAACCCCCCCCCCAUGUACAUCACUCUCUAUUACAUAGUCACCCGCCUCCCUGACUCCCUUCGCGUAAUCAGGGACCACUUCCUCUCAGUCUGUCCCACCACUCUUACUGUUGACCUCCUAGAGAAGGCCCUCCUAGCAGCGGAGAAGAGCAUAGUCGCUGUAGGAGCCUCUCGUGCGGGGGUGGUGGAGGUGGCGGUGGAGGCGGCGGAGGGAGUGGGGGUGGCGGUGGGAGUAGUGGUAGUGGUGGAGGUGGUGGUGGCGGCAGCGGAGGCGGAGGCGGCGGCGGCGGUAGCGGUGGGAGCGGAGGCGGAGGUGGUGGCGGAGGUGGAGGCGGCAGUGGCGGAGGAGGUGGAGCUGGUCGGGGUGGUGCCUUGCAGUGGAGCGGUUCUGGUGGUGGUUGACGACCAUCACCGGUUGACGAUCUUCGUCGUCACAGGUUGA